AUGGCUGACACCAGCAAGAGCAAGCAUCAAGCCGCUGGCAACGGUGGCGAGAUCAGUCCAGUUCUCAGCGACGACCAUGCCUCAGUAGAAAAGGGCUCUACGAAAGAAGAUAACUUCGAGGUGUUCAGAGAUGAUGGCGAUGUCGCGUUUCGCACUGUGGGCUGGAUAUGGGCGACCGCCAUCUUCUUGAAGAUCAUUUUCGCGACCGGUGUUCUCACAAUUCCUACAGCCAUGGCAGCCCUUGGAUCUUUCCCUGGUGCUGUCAACGUCCUUGGCUGGCAGGCCGUCAACACCUACAGUGGUGUCCUGAUGGGCGAUUUUCGCAAUCGACAUGCGGGCGUCCACUCGGUGGCAGACAUGGCGCAGAUUGUCGGUGGCAAAAUACUACGAGAGAUUAUCGGCUUCCUCUUCAUCAUCACCUGGGUUAUUGUCGCCGCCUCCGGCAUAGUGGGCGCAUCCACCGCACUGAACGCACUUUCAGAACAUGCUCUUUGCACAAACUACUUUACGCUGAUCGUGGCGCUUGUCAUGGCUGGAUUGGCUGGAAUCCGCAAGUUCGAGCACAUAGGGUGGUUGACCUGGGCUGGUUUCGUAACGAUUUAUGCUGCAGUAUUGAUCGUCGUUAUUGGCGUCACGCAGCGAGACCGACCAGCUGCAGCGCCCCAGAGUGGUCCAUAUGAAUUAGGGUAUACCGUGUUUGGAUCACCUGACUUCGUAGCAGGCAUCAACGCGGCCACAUCCAUUUUCUGCUCUGGAUCCGGCACCAGCGCUUUUAUGCCUGUGAUCAGCGAGAUGCGUAACCCCAAGGAUUACAAGAAGUCGCUCUUCGUAUGUAUGGGCAUCGUCACCGCAUCGUAUUUGACCUUUUCACUGGUCGUAUACUACUACUGUGGCGUUUGGGUCGCUUCUCCAUCACUUGGCUCUGCUGGCGGUACGAUAAAAAAGGUCGCCUACGGUGUGGGGCUUCUCGGGCUACUGGUAACGGCUUCACUCUACACGCAUGUUGCCGCCAAGUAUCUGUUUGUAAGGAUACUGCGAAACUCCAAGCACUUGCAGAGCAACACCGUGGUUCACUGGGGAACGUGGCUCGGCUGUACCCUGAGUCUAUCUGCUGUCGCUUUCGUCAUCGCUGGAGGUGUCCCAAUAUUCAACUACCUCCUCAGCUUGGCAGGCAGUGUUGGCUUCGCAAGUAUAACCAUCACUUUGCCAGCAUACUGCUAUGUCUAUGACCACAAGUCGUUUCGAACGGGUACAAUGAUGCAACAAAUCAAGUACUGGUUCCACUGGUUUCUCAUUUCGCUGGGCACGUUUUUGACGGUGGCCGGCACGUAUGGAGUGGUUCAAGCAGUUAUAGAUGCCUACGCCAAUGGUGCAGUCGGAAGAGCUUUUGACUGCGCCGAUAACAGCGGCACUGUGGUUUGA